GGUUUUACUUCUGGUUUGCCUGCUAGGCUUUUUUUUUCAUUUGCUCCUCCCUUCUUCUGCAAUCCUAUAUUAACAAGCUGGGAAGAAGAAACACAGUUCAUUGUUGGCAAGUACCGAUGCCUCUAGCUGAAGAGUUAGGAAAUCUACAGCUCUGCAGCAAGCUCACAUUACAGGGUCACCCGCAAGAGUACAAAGGGGAAAUCAGCUAUAUGCUGGGAUCUACUCCCUGAUCCUCUUCACUCAGCGUUUUGGGAUCAAUCGCAAGGGUGUGUAAUGGCAGACCACAUGAUGGCAAUGAAUCAUGGCAGAUUCCCAGAUGGAACAAAUGGACUUCACCACCCUGCUCAUCGUAUGGGAAUGGGUCAGUUUCCUGGUCCUCACCACCAUCAGCAGCAACAACCGCACAAUUUUAACAAUCUAAUGGGAGAGCAUAUGCACUAUGGAGCAGGGAAUAUGAACUCUAACAAUGGGAUCCGACACACUAUGGUGGCUGGAAAUGUAAACGGUGGGCAUCCUAAUAGCAGCAUGACACAGGCUGCACGAUUUACCAAUUCACAAUUUAUGGGACCCCCUGUAACAAACCAAGGAGCUCAGUUGACGGCUAGCAUGCAGUUACAGAAGCUGAACAAUCAGUAUUUUACACAUCAUCCAUACCCACAUAACCACUACAUGCCGGACUUGCAUCCUGCAAAUCAUCAGAUAAAUGGUACAAACCAGCAUUUCAGAGACUGCAAUCCAAAGCACAGCACUGGCAUGUCUCCUUCAGUCAGCCAUGUCCCUGCAGCGAUGCUGCCUCCUAGUGUCAUAGAUACUGACUUCAUAGACGAGGAAGUCCUAAUGUCCUUGGUGAUAGAAAUGGGUUUGGAUCGUAUCAAAGAACUACCAGAGCUCUGGCUGGGACAGAAUGAGUUUGAUUUUAUGACAGACUUUGUAUGCAAACAGCAGCCAAACAGAGUAAGCUGUUAAACCUGCCUCGAGGAAGAGACCACAAAAGACUUAAAACAUUCCUUUAUGGACAAGAAUCUUGCUUCCAGAGUCCACUAUUAAUCUGUACAGAAUUGUUUCUCUCCCUUCAUUAUCCUAACUCCUUGGUAAUUGAGCCACUUUUCUUCCUGUUGUAGGUUAUUUCAGCAUAUAUAUUUUUUAUAUAUAGCUAUAUAUAUCUCCUUUUAGCAAACAGUCUCAAAUCUCCUGUUUUUAAGGUGUUUUUUGACCUGUCAAAUUUCAUGGGUUUUUGAUUUGCUGGACUGCAUCAACAUAACGAGAAACUGUUGAUUGCAUGGACCUUACAAGCAAUUAUUACUGCACUAAUGCUGCCAUGUUGCUUCAUUUAAUCUAUGCAUUGUUGUGCGUCGUUAUAAUUUUUUUCUUUUUUUUUUUUUUUUUUUCUUUUUCUCCUGUGUAUGCUAAACUGGAAGUUUAUCAAAUGUGGGCGAAGCCUUGCUGGAUCAGGAAAUGUCCUACUGUUUUUAUUUAAUUUUUUUUCUUCAUAUUUCACCCUUUAAUGUACAGAAAAUAUGGGUGGAAUGUAAUCAGUGGAAAACAUUUCACAAAUUUAUUAUAUAUAUAUAUAUAUAUAUUUUUUUUUUAUGUUUGACACUGUGCUAAUAUAGUUAAUUUAGUCCAUGAGAGAAUACUACUGUGUUGAAAGCUUUUUAGGAAAUUUUGACAGUAUUUUUGUAUAAAACCUUUUUUUGAGAAAAUACUUGUUAAUUUAUUCUCUUUUAAUUUGCCAAUGUCAAUAAAGAGCUGCAAAGUGCACUAUUCCA